AUGCAUACGCACACACAUCCACUUUCAGGAGCCAGCCAUGCACAAGCGCUGUUUGAGCCGGAAAAUGGCCCUCCAAACCGUGACGACCUAAUCGAUUCCAGGCAGGGGAUCCGCCUCUGUGGUUGGGACAUUUCAGGUGGCCAGCCCAAGUGGGCCAGAGGCAUGCGACUCCGGCGCCGGCGGCACACCGCCGCUGCCACCUGCACUUUCUUCCGGGUCAGCCUUCUCUCGCCCAAUUGCCUGCAUUCUGCUGGCGGAAUGGCGAGUCAGUUUUUGGCCCCGACCGAAUGA